CGGGAACAGAUCAUGACCACCAAUGUCUGGCUCAACCAGGAAUGGACUGAUUAUCGCUUAGCCUGGGAACCAUCAGAAUACGAAGGCAUAAAUAAACUCAGGAUACCAGCUAAGAAAGUCUGGCUUCCGGACAUCGUGCUGUACAAUAAUGCUGAUGGUACAUACGAAGUUUCUGUUUACACAAAUGUGAUUGUCCUGUACAAUGGAAGCAUUUUAUGGCUGCCACCAGCCAUUUACAAAAGUGCCUGCAAGAUCGAAGUGAAGCAUUUCCCCUUCGACCAACAAAAUUGCACCCUAAAAUUCCGCUCUUGGACUUACGACCACUCUGAAAUUGAUAUGAUUUUGAAAACUGGCUCAGCCAGUAUGGAUGACUUCACUCCCAGUGGUGAGUGGGACAUCGUGGCCCUCCCGGGACGUAGAACAGAGAACCCUUUAGAUCCAAACUAUGUGGAUGUGACAUAUGACUUCAUCAUAAAAAGGAAGCCUCUUUUUUAUACCAUCAACCUCAUCAUACCUUGUGUGCUGAUCACAUCCUUGGCCAUCUUGGUGUUCUAUCUGCCAUCAGAUUGUGGAGAGAAGAUGACAUUGUGCAUUUCUGUUUUACUUGCUUUGACUGUUUUCUUGCUCCUGAUUUCCAAAAUCGUCCCUCCGACUUCCCUUGAUGUUCCACUGAUUGGGAAGUAUCUGAUGUUCACCAUGGUGCUGGUGACAUUCUCAAUUGUGACCAGUGUCUGUGUGCUGAAUGUCCACCACAGGUCUCCCAGCACUCACGCAAUGCCUCUGUGGGUCAAGGUAGUCUUCCUUGAGAGACUGCCAAGCUUCCUGUUCAUGAGGCGACCAGACAAUCAUUCGGCAAGCCAACGGUUGACUAACCGCAAGAGAAACAAAGCUGAGUCUCUUCCUUCCGAUUUCUCCAACACGUACAAAGGUUGUACUUACUUUGUGAACACAGCAGCAGGCCAAAAGUACGACCUGAAACUGACAGACAAUCCUGAUCACAUUAGCAGCCAUCAAGAUCUGAGGUUACGAUCAUCAGUGAAAUAUUCUCCUGAGGUCCAAGAGGCAAUUGAUGGAGUCAGUUUCAUAGCUGACCACAUGAAGAGCGAGGACAACAAUGAGAGUGUCAUUGAAGACUGGAAAUAUGUUGCCAUGGUGGUGGACAGGCUGUUCCUCUGGAUAUUUGUCUUUGUGUGUGUCCUGGGAACAACUGGAUUAUUCCUGCAGCCCCUUUUUCAAAACCACUUGCCUGCUGUAACCCCGUAAGCUGAGCUGAAUCUGGCCCCAAUGACUGCUUGCUCACAGGAUGGGAAGGAUUCUGU